CCCGAGCAGUGCUGGGAAGUAUAGGCUGUGUUGUCACGCCGGUGUCAGUCUGAUGAAGAUUGGCAUCAGGUGAAGCCUGGAACAAGACUUUAAGGGGUUCUGCUUCUCCAUGCUGCUCACUAGAAAAGAAACCCUGAACUGCCCUCAGGGGUGUGCUUUUGCUUCACAACAACAACCAUGAUGAAUUGUAGUGCCUGAAACAGCCAAGACACAAGAAAUAGCAUCACCAGAAAACCAACUUAAGCCUGGCCUGAUUUAGUGCAGAGAAAAUGACAGCUGCUGUGCUCGGCUGGCUUCCACCCAGCAGAAGGCUAUUUUUUGCAAAUAAAAUGGUACUCACUCUAUAGCUGACUAGGGGUGUUUCUGGCCCAGCUGGAAGUGAGAAGAAGGGGCAGACCCCCUGAAGACCAUCCCAGAGGCAGUGGAAUCCUCCAAUAAUCCUCCAUGUGAAUCAAUCCCAUGAUGCAACAUGCCUCCCAAGCCCCAGCUCUGACAAUGAUGGCCACGCAGAAUGUCCCUCCCCCACCCUACCAGGACAGCCCCCAGAUGACAGCAACUGCCCAGCCACCUUCCAAGGCCCAGGCUGUCCACAUCUCAGCGCCCUCAGCUACCGCCAGCACACCUGUGCCCAGUGCCCCCAUUGAUCCGCAGGCCCAGCUGGAGGCUGACAAGCGAGCUGUGUACAGGCACCCUCUUUUCCCGCUCCUGACGCUGCUGUUUGAGAAAUGUGAACAGGCCACCCAGGGCUCAGAGUGCAUCACCUCCGCCAGCUUUGAUGUGGACAUCGAGAACUUUGUCCACCAGCAGGAGCAGGAGCACAAACCCUUCUUCAGCGAUGACCCAGAACUGGACAAUCUGAUGGUGAAGGCAAUCCAGGUCCUGAGGAUCCACCUGCUAGAGUUGGAGAAAGUCAAUGAGCUCUGCAAGGACUUUUGCAACCGUUACAUCACCUGCCUCAAAACCAAGAUGCACAGUGAUAACCUGCUCAGGAAUGACCUCGGGGGGCCCUAUUCCCCCAACCAGCCCUCCAUAAACCUUCACUCACAGGACCUCCUGCAGAAUUCCCCCAAUUCCAUGUCUGGAGUCUCCAAUAACCCCCAGGGGAUUGUGGUCCCAGCCUCAGCACUCCAACAGGGCAACAUCGCCAUGACAACCGUCAACUCUCAAGUCGUGUCAGGUGGAGCCUUAUAUCAGCCGGUUACCAUGGUAACCUCCCAGGGUCAGGUGGUCACCCAAGCAAUCCCCCAGGGAGCCAUCCAGAUCCAGAAUACACAGGUUAACCUUGACCUCACCUCCCUCCUGGACAAUGAGGAUAAGAAGUCCAAGAACAAACGAGGAGUCUUGCCCAAGCAUGCCACCAAUAUAAUGCGUUCUUGGCUCUUCCAGCAUCUCAUGCACCCCUAUCCCACUGAAGACGAGAAGAGACAGAUCGCAGCGCAGACAAACCUCACCCUUCUGCAAGUAAACAACUGGUUCAUCAAUGCCAGGAGGCGCAUCCUGCAGCCCAUGCUUGAUGCCAGCAACCCAGAUCCUGCUCCCAAAGCCAAGAAAAUCAAGUCUCAGCACCGGCCCACCCAAAGAUUCUGGCCCAAUUCCAUUGCUGCUGGGGUUCUGCAACAGCAGGGUGGCACCCCAGGGACGAACCCUGAUGGUUCCAUCAACUUGGACAACCUGCAGUCCCUGUCUUCAGACAAUGCCACCAUGGCCAUGCAGCAGGCAAUGAUGGCUGCACAUGAUGAUUCGUUGGAUGGGACAGAAGAAGAGGAUGAAGAUGAUAUGGAGGAGGAGGAAGAGGAGGAGGAGGAGCUAGAGGAGGAGGCUGAUGAGCUACAGACGACGAAUGUCAGCGACCUGGGCUUGGAACACAGUGACUCCCUGGAGUAGUUCAGGCAGCCCAGAUGGCACUGGUCACCGAGCAGGAAAGGAGUGUCAAUCAGGAGGGUUCAGGGUGGGGGGGAGGGGAUAUGGGCAGGCAGCACUAAGAAAGUUGGGCCCUAGCUUCCCCGAAUCAUAGCUUGAAGAAAUGCAGAGGAGCCACCCUGUUCCUUUCCAACCACCAAGCUUCAGUGAAAACCUAGUCCCCGACCCUCAGACUACAGAGCACUCCAUUGCUGGCGCCAGUCAGACAGCCUGUGAAGAAAGACAGCGUGAGAACUGGACUCACUGAAUACCAGAGAUGACACCUAUGGCUCCGCAUGGGAAAAGACUUGAUUUGUUUACAAGCCACUGCCCUGGGAGGUGGACAGGCGCUGCUUGCAGAGCGAACCUUUGCUAAGGGGCAGACUUGGGAGGGAAGGAUGAGAAAGAAGGGAUCUAACGUUUUCCCCCAGAAGAAUCUGAGCUCCCUUGAAAGACACUCACGGACAGAAAGGAGCCCAAAUGCGUAACCAGUGGCCAGAGGAGUAGGAGGGCCUGAGACAACACCACACCCUGCAUAUCAGAGUGGUACAUGGACUGCACAGGGCUCCAAGUUACCCUACCAGGACCCUGUCUCUUGGCACAGCAGCCAUGGACUAAGGAGAGGGGGAAGGAAACCAGAGGGACUCCUUCUUCCUCUCUUGGAAAUACAUUGUCGGCGGGUCCAAACUGAAGAGGUUAAGAACCACUCUACAUCUGGGUCAGCUCGAGGACCAAGCAGGUGGCAGAACCUGGAUCAGGAGCCAUACUAAGAUGACUUUGGGGGUCCCAGCAGUCCCUAGGUGAUCACAUCAUAGCUCCUGUCACAAUAGGACCAUGGUAUCUUAUUAGAUGCUCCUACUCUCAGAUGGAGUUCUUCAGAGACCCCAGCCCCCUCCAUAAACCUUUCGGGGUUCUUUCCACUCCACAGGUCUUCGUGGUAUCCCCCUGCUCCCAAGCUGGCACUACCAGCUUCUGGCCUCCUCCUUCAUUCUAUUCUCCAGAGAAGGCAGAAGAAACAUUGGAAAGGAGCGUUAUCCCAAUGGGAAGCCAGGGUCUGAAGAAGGUGCUACCGCUCUUACCUUCGGGACUCAACAUGGCAGGGGAUAUAGCGCACAGCUGAUCCACACACACCAUGAUUGGCAUCUGCUCCUCCUGUCCCCUCCCACCCUGUGGCUGUGAAAGACAGGACUGACCACACGUGUGUUUUCCGUUGGGUUUAAUGUGAUGGGUGUGCAGUUUCAUUUGUAAGUGUGCAUUGGCCAUCUCCUUCAGUGCUAGGAUGUGAAUGGCUAUCUGGCUCAACCAGAGGGCACUCUUGCGACCUUCUGAGCCUUCUCCUCCUCUACCUGGUUGGGUGGAGCAAAAGGAUAGUCACUUUUCUGAGGUCUCCCGGAAAUGAAUGUAUUUCUCCCCCAAAAGAGCUGAUAUUUAAUGUUUUACUAGGGAUUUUUGAGAAACAAAUAAUCUUAUUUAUAAUCUGGGUGAUCCAAUCAUUUUUUUACUCCCUUUUGAUGCCAUACCUAGAGGAAAGGCAAGCUUUUUGGAGUGAGACUUUUGCAACCCACAGUGGGAUAAAACAUUUCCUCUUCUGGUUCAUUUUUCUUGUGAAAAUACAUACAUCCACACAUAAAUUCUUCCACUCAGCACCGUGACAAGCUCCCUUCUUCAGCACGGACAUGUGUGCAUAUGUGCACAUGGAUACACAUGUCUACAUCUCCCUCCCAGCCCCAUCUGCCUAAUGUUACGCAACCUCCUUCUGAUGUAUCCACCAAACCAGUACUGAAUGUGGCCACGAGUUUUCAGUAAACCUUAUCACCUACCGAAA